AUGUUGGGACGCCGGCGGAAGGGCGUGGAAUGCUCCGUCCAGCCUCGAGAGACAAAACGAUGGCGUCUGGAGCUGAACGAGGCGAGCAGUGCUGCACAAGACGCUUCUGAGGCACCGUCCAACUCUGCCCGAGAUCCUCGCACGGGCGGAUCGCCCGCCGCUGCCGAGGAAGGUCAGAGUUCCCCGUACCCACGCGGUGCGCGAUUGCCCGAAGACGGCGAGGAGGAAACGAUUGUCCCCAACUUGACAGAAGAGGAACUACGGCUGCUGCAGGCCGACGAAGAAGAAGGGGAGGCGCGGGACCAACGCGACAGAGAACGAGGGGCGACAGACGGGACUGAAAACGGGAGCGACGGCGCAGAGAAGCCUGAAGACGGCGCCGGCGAGAAGAAGCCGAAGAAGAGACGGAGGUUUGCAUGGAUGGAAAGCGACGAUGAAAGCAUCACAGCCAGCAGCAGCGAAGAAGAAGAAGCUGAACAGGAUCCACAGGAGGCGACUACUUCAGCCGUGGCCCACGCCAGCUUGUCUCCCGAGAAUCCUUCUCCCGCCCCCUCACCUCCUUCCCCCGGGACUUCGUCGGCGUCUGCUACCGACUCCUCCUCCUCUUCAUCUUCUUCUGGGAAGGCGGGAGACCAGCUUGAGGAAGAUGUGGUUUCAGCGUCUGUGUUUGCUUCCGAUUUGGCUGCGCUCGGGUUGCGGUUUGCGGGGGCUGAGCGCGAAGAGCUCUGCGAGCGCAUGCAGCGAUGCAUCACGUGUCUCUUUCUCGCGAAUCUCUCUUUUGAGGCGCCACUGGGGGAAAUCGAGACUUGGGUCCACACCCACACGCAAGUCGCCCCGAUGCAGGUCUUUGCAGCGCCGUCCAACGACUCCGCAUAUAAGGCGCCUCCGCCUGCGGGCAGUGGAAUGCCAGCGAACGGCGCGCACCGAGGCCGCGUCUUUGUCGAACUCGGCAGCUACGCAAAGGUUCGCCAAGCCGUGCAGAAGCUGAACGGCUUAUAUUUGAGAGGUCGACCGGUGCGUGCACUCUUCGCGUUCUGCGUCGAUGGACGGCCGUGCACCCUGCAGACGGCGAUGCAUCUCAAGUACCUCAGACAGCACGUGCUGCAAGAUCUGCUGGGAGUCGAGCGCGGCUCCAGAUUCCACAGACACACUCCAGCGUGGAAGAUCGAUGGCGGAUGCAACUGGGGUGGGACGUAG